CCGGGGAGGGAGCGGGGAGGGGGGGUCUAUUUUUAGCCCCUGAAUGGAUCGGAGCUGGAGCCGGGCUCUCUGCCCCCGUCAAGGCAUCAUGUUGUGCUGGGAGGGCUCUCCUGCCUGGCUCCUCGAAUGGCUCCAUCCCCGCCUGGGGCUGGGGGACAGGCAUGGAUAACUUCGAGUACAGCAUCCAGCUGAACGACCGCGAGUGGGCCGAGUUCCUGCGGGCGUCCGAGGAGUGCAGCCUGGCGCCGGCCUCGCUGGCCACGGCCGAGGAGCAGUGCCUCAGUGACAUUGAGCAAGGGGACGCCCCGGGGCGCCUCCGUGCCCGCGGCACCGAGGGGCCGGGCGGAGAGCCAGGGCCUGGCACGGCCGGCGCUGCCCCACGUGGCGACACCGCCCCGCGCCCGCCGCGGCGUGGGCACCGCUCGGGCAGCGGCGACGAAGCGGAGCCGGGCUCUGCGGGCGGCGUCCCGUGUGACAGCGACCGGCCCGGCCGCCCGCCGGCCGCUGCCAUGCCCAGCGCGCAGAGGAGGCAGCCGCCGCGGCCACCCGCGGCCGCCACCGCGGCCACCGCGGACGGUGGCACCGCCCAGGGUGGCCAGGGGCAGGACGCGGCCGAGAAAGGAGCGGCCGGAGGCAGCCGGGACGCGGAGCCCUGCGGAGCCCCCGAGCAGGGCGGGGAUGCUGCAGGGGGACGAGCCCCGGGGGCACAGCCGGGAGCGGUGGCACAGCCAGGAGCGGCGGUGACACGGCCAGGAGCGGUGGCACAACCAGGAGCAGCCGUGGCACAGCCAGGAGCGGUGGCACAACCAGGAGCAGCCGUGGCACAGCCGGACGCUCCAGCAGCCUCCGCCGAGGGAUGGGCCGAGAAAAGCGCUGCCCCCUCGGAGCCCGGCGCGGAGCCCAGCCCGUCCCCGGGGACGGUCCCCAGCGUGGCAGCGGAGGGGGACAGGGCGGGCACGGAGCCGAGCUCCCCGGGCGGAUCCCCCAGCGUGGUGAGGCCCAAGGUGCCGGCGCAGCCCAGGAAGAGCCGCAGGCAGCGCGGAGCCAGCGCCACCGAGGGGGACAGGGACCCCGCGGGCACCGCGGCGCCGGGCGCGGCCGGAGCCGGGAAGGCGCCUCCGGGCUCGCCGAUGUCCCCUCGGAAGGGCAGGGGGAAGGACAAGGCGGCCAAGGGAGCGCUGGUGAGGCUGGGCAGCGAGGAGGCCGCCGAGAGCAAGCGCUCGGUGCCCGGCCCUGGCGGGGAUGGCCCCGAGCCCGGGGCCGCUCCCCAAAAGCAGAGGGGGAAGGAGCCGCAGUCCCCGGGGAAGACAAAGGCCGCCAAGACCCCAAAGGCUGGGCAGGCCGGGGGCUCGGGCGGGCGUGACACCGUCCCCGCGGUCCCUGGCGACGGAGCCGCGGCUGCUCCGGGAGAGGGGAGCCAGGAGAUGCCGGGGACGCCUCUCCAGCCCCGGAGCGCGGCAGCGUUUGGAGGGAAUGCUGCUGAGGGGGCCCGGGGGGAGCCUGCAGCUGAGAUCCCUGGAAUUCCUGCAGCUGAGAUUCCCAGGAAGCCCUCAGAGAUCCCUGGAAUUCCUGCUGCUGAGAUCCCUGCAGUUCCUGCUGUUGAGAUCCCUGGAAUUCCUGCAGCCGAGAUUCCCAGGAAGCCCUCAGAGAUCCCUGGAAUUCCUGCAGCUGAGAUUCCCGGGAAGUCUGCAGCUGAGAUUCCCAAGAAGCCCUCAGAGAUCCCUGGAAUUCCUACAGCCGAGAUUCUCAGGAAGCCUGCAGCUGAGAUUCCCAAGAAGCCCUCAGAGAUCCCUGCAGUUCCUGCAGCUGGGAUCCCUUGGGAGCUUGCGCCUGUGAUUCCCAGGAAACCUGUAGCUGAAAUCACUUGGGAGCCCGCAGCUGGGAUCCCCAGGAUUCCUCCAGUGGGGAUCCCUUGGGAGCCUGCAGCAGGGAUCCCCAGGAGCCCUGCCAUUGAUAUCCCCAGGAUCCCCGCAGCCGAGAUCCCCAGGAUCCCUGCCAUUGAGAUCCCGUGUGAGCCCGCAGAGGGGAUCCCCGCGAUCCCCACGUCUGGGAUCCCUUGGGAAGCUGCAGCCAAGACCCCCAGGGCAAAGAGCCCCCUGUGCUUUGCUGACGGGGCCUCAGCCAAGUCCAACUCGCUGGAUGUGACCUGGCCCGAGAUGUACGAGUACCUGUUCUGUGAUUCCCAGGAGGAGGAGGAGCUGGGGAGCUCCGUGGAGGGGAGGAAAUCCCCCUUGCAAAGGGAAACCUCCUGGCCCGAACUGUACGAGUAUUUUUUCAACGAACCAGAAGGAAGCAGGAAAAAAGGCAAAGCCAAAGACAGGAGGAGGAAGAAGCUGGGCGGCUCGGACCGCGCUGGGCUGCGACAGGAGGCUCCGAACUCGGCCCCAGGCGAGGACACCGUGGUAAUCCCAGUCCCUGAAAUGUACGAACACUUCUUCCCAGAGACACCCCCCAACAGGAUGGGCUGGGGAGGGAUUUUCUCCGUGGCUCCGGCCUCCGAGGUGAAGAAAGCUGUGGGGGCUUUGAGGUCCCUGCUGCAGAGGCAAAUGCAGCUGGGAGGAGGCCGAGCCUCAACCUCGCAGGCCCUGGUGCCCAGAAGAUCCGGGGAGAACCUCGCCCUGGUCCCGCUGGGAGGAGCCCAGGCAUGGCCGGAGGAUGCGGACAAGGCCCUGGCACUGAGAGGAGCAGCGGAGGACCCGCGGGUGCUGAGCCACAAGGACAUGUGCCUCGUCUUCUGCGCCUUCGCCUCCUGGGCCGUGAAGACAUCUGACCUGCAGGCUCCGGAUGCCUGGAAGACCAUGUUCCUGGCGAGCUUCGGCACCCUCUCGGCCAUCCGCUACUUCCGACGGCAGGUCAGGGAAGGGCACCCCCGGACUUAACCCCGGCCCCGCCGGAGCCGCUGCCCGGGGCCGGCGCGGGCAGAGCCCCGGACUUUCCUCUGGACUCCGGGAGAAGCCUGGAGCCAGCACCGAGAACUUCUCCGGAGCCAUCCGCGGCGGGACAGGACGGCACAGGGAGCGGGACCCCCCCGGGGACAGGACAGACAGACAGGACAGAGGUGACAGGGGCUGGCGCUGCCCCCCCGGCAAUGCCCAGGUCCCUCCUCCCUGCUGGAAUCGCCUGGCGGCGCAGGAAGAGCCGGGAUGUCUGUGAAGGAGGAGAAGAGAGCUUUGGGACGAGCUUGGCUGAGCCCGGGCUGGGCAGCAGCUCCGGGGGAUGCGGGGGCCGAGCUUUGAUGGCCCCAGCACAGCUCAGCCGCUAGCGUUUCGCCCCGAGGAGCCCCAGCUCGCCGCGGGGAUGAGGUUUCUGUCGCACGUGUCGCUCUGUCCCUGGGGACAGCUGCUGCGGGGACACGUCCCUGUCCCUGCCCCUGUCCCUGUCCCUGCUCUGUGUCCCUGUCCCUGUCCCCAUCCCUGUCCCUGUCCCUGCCCCUGUCCCUGUCCCCUGUCCCCUGUCCCUGUCCCUGUCCCUGUCCCUGUCCCUGUCCCUGUCCCCGUCCCCGUCCCUGUCCCCGUCCCUGUCCCUGUCCCUGUCCCUGUCCCUGUCCCUGUCCCUGUCCCUGUCCCCUGUCCCUGUCCCUGUCCCUGUCCCCUGUCCCCUGUCCCUGUCCCUGUCCCCGUCCCCGUCCCGCAGGAGAGCACCCGGGGGCAGGGACAGCCGGGGAGGGUCCCGAGGGGCGCGGACGGCGUGGGAAGGGCAGCAGGGAAAGGGGCUGAGCUCAGGGAAGCCUCGGGAAAGGGGGCAGGAGGAUGUUGGAGAGGAGGGAGAAGGACGUGCAUGGGUUUGGCUGUGCCAAUCGGCAGGGAAAAGAUAUUUGGGAAUUCGAUUUAUUGGCUGCGGUGAGGGGAGCGUGGGGCUGGGGAGGGCUCGAAGGGGCCUGGAAUGGAAAGUGAGGGGGGAAAAGGAGACUUUUCCAUUUUUCCCUCAUCCCAGCGCCUCCCUCAGCGCUCCAGGGCAUUUCCCAGGAGAAAUUCCCUUUCCUCACCUUCCCAGCAGGGGUUGGGCUCCACUCGAGCUCUGAGAGCCGUGCUGGGGUUUGUGUGUUGGGAAUUCCAGAGGGGAGGUUCCUUUCCCUGUGCUGGGGUUUGUGUCCCUGGAAUUCCAGAGGGGAGGUUCCUUUCCCUGUGCUGGGGUUUGUGUCCCUGGAAUUCCAGAGGGGAGGUUCCUUUCCCUGUGCUGGGGUUUGUGUCCCUGGAAUUCCAGAGGGGAGGUUCCUUUCCCUGUGCUGGGGUUUGUGUCUCUGGAAUUCCAGAGGGGAGGUUCCUUUCCCUGUGCUGGGGUUUGUGUCCCUGGAAUUCCAGAGGGUAGGUUCCUUUCCCUGGGCUUUGGUGUGUGCCAGGGAGCGCUGGGGCCGCGGGGCGCGGUGAGAUGUGGGGCUGGCACGGGCUGGAGCGGCUGAGCGCUGCCCAGAGCGCUGCUGUGGAGGGGAGCAGGGCAGGUGGAAUGUGCUGGAAGCUUCUAAUAAAGUUCUGUCUCGUUUA